AUGAAAAAAACAUUGAAGCUACUUUGGAUGGAUGAAAAUAUUGAUAAUUAAUAAAAUAGAGCUUAUCAAUAAAAACUUCAAGAAUUAUAAAUAGACAUCAAUUUUUUCAAUAUAUAUUUAGAUGCAUAACAGUUCAUUUAAAAAAAUGAAUAAAUAUUUGAUUUAGUGAUGAUUAUUUCAGAAGCUUUACUUUAUAAAUUAGAUCCUUCUUUGAAAGGAUAUUUCAUUUGUUUUUGUGGAAAUUCCAAAUUACACUAUUAAAAGUUUUUAGAUCUGAAAUAAUUGAUAGCAUUGAUUGAUAAUGAAUUUGAUAAACUUAAAUUGCUUCUUAAAUAAUACAUUUAAUUUUUGAAAUCCAAAUAAACUUUACACCUUUCAUUCUGUCCAUCUUUUGUUUAAUAAACUAAUUAUUAACAUUCAAUUGAAGAGCUCAGUUUUAGGUUUUUAAUGAUGAUUGCAAAACUAAAAUAGAAUGUAAAUAUUACAGAACAAAAGAAAUUAGAAGAAAUGUUGGAUUCAGAUCUCAGAAAAAUGGUUAAUGAAAAUUAAUUAAAUGAAAUUAAGUAAAAGAUAAAAAGUAAAAAUUUUAGCAUUUUGGAAAAACUUAUGUAUUAUUAUUCUUCAAAUUUAAUUUAUUAGAAAUUAAAUCAACAUUUUGCAUCAUAAAAUUAUGAAGAAAUACAAAACAUAAUAUUGGUGCUUUUUGAUGGUUUUUCAAAAUUAAAAUAUACUUAAACUGUUCCAAAAUUUGUAUAUAGAGGAAUUUCAUUUGAUGAAUAAACUUAUUAAAAUAAUAUCAAUGAUCUAUUAAAUAGCGAAAAAAAUUAAAAAUAUAUUUUUUGGAAUGCUUUAACUAGUGUAUCUAGAAAUAAAGCUGUGGCUUAAUAUUUUGCUUCACAUAAGAAUUACGGAAUCAUUUUUGAAAUAGAAUUAAGUUAAGAGAAUCCUCAUCCUUAUUUUUAUUUUAAUGAUAGCAACUCAGAAUAUUAUGAAUAAGAAAUCCUUUUGUUUCCCUAAUUUGGAUUUUAAGUCAAAAAGAAUAAUAGUGAUGGUAAAUUUUUAUUCUGUUAAAUUAAAUAAAUACAAAACAAUUUUGCUCUGGCUCUUAAUUAAGAUAAAAGAGAAUAGUAUUGGAAUGAGAGAAUAGAAAAGGAAAUUAAACAAAAUUUAGAAUAAGUAUUGAAGUUUAACAUAACAAGAAUUUAUUCUGUAAUUAAUAUACUUUGUAAUUCUAAUGAAAUAAAAAAUAAAUCUGAAGUUUUAAAAGAAGAAGUCAUAUUCUGUUUUAAGAAUUUGAUUGAAUAGUUUAAAGAGUAUUACCCUGAAUAUUCAUAAUUUCAUAGCUUAUUAGAUAGCUUUAUAAGUGUAAUUCAAAAUAGAAUGAAUUUUAAUUUUUCAAUUGACCAAACUUCUGUUUAACCUAUUUACGAAUUAAUUAACGCAGUGAUAUAAAAUUUUUAAGAUGAGUUUAUUAAAUUGAUUAAAAGAUUAUUGAAUUUUUAACCAGAUAAUUUAAUUAGAAAUAUAAAAGGUUAUUCAAUAUAGGAUGGAUUGUAAAAAUAAGGUUCUUAUAAUUCUAAACAUAUAUAUAAAGAAUGGGAACCUAAAUAAGAAUUUAAUAAAAGUGGUUAAUCUAGAAUACUUUUAAUAGGUAAUGGAGAUUAAACCUAUUUAUUUAAUAAAAUUUGCAAUGCCAAAUUAAGUGAAAAUUUUAAUUAAAUUAAAUUUAAUACGGUAGGAUAAUCAAUAAUUAAUAAUAUCGAAGUAAUUUAUGCCAAUUCAGAUUCUUUUAUUAAUUUAGAAGGUUGGUUAGGACUAUAAAAAGCUUUAGGUUUAGGAUUAUUUAAUUAGAUAUUUGUUGUUGAUUAGAUUACUUACAGAAGUUCUCUCUAUUUGAUAUCUGCUAUAAUUGCAAAAUUUAAGUAAUACAUUAAUCUAAUUACAUUUAUUGUAUAUAAUUAAUAUCAUGAAUCAGAUGAUGAUUUUUAAGAGCAUUUUAAAAAUAUUGAAAUAACAAUAAGUAAAAAAUAUAAUAAAUUGAAAUGUAUUGCUAUUUCAAGGAAAGAUAGUCCUUAAGACAGUAUUUAAAAAAUUUUAAAUGUUUAUCCAAUUAACAUUCAAUAUGAAGUUAGGUUAUCUGAAAAUUUGAUUAUUGAGGAAUCAUUGAGGCUUAAAAAGCAUGAAGAUGAUGAAUUUUUUGUUUUUAUAGAAAUGUUGACAGCAGAUCUAAUUGAGUGUAAAAUCCAUCCAAUUUUAUCAUCAGUAUAAAGGCUUCUUUAUAAUUUAGAAAAAAAAAAUGAGGAACAUAUUAAUAAUAUUGUAUUUUGUUUGAGAAUUUAUGUAUUUAAUUGGAUUUCAACUACAAUUGUGGAAUAUAUGAAUAAAAAUGAAAAAAGUAUUGAGGAAUAAUUGAGUAAGUUUACAUGUAAAGAUGAUAAAUAUCUUACUUUAUGGAAUGUUUUGUAUGAAAUAAAUUAAGUUACCUAAUAAGAGUACGAAAAUAUAAAUUAAAUUAUAUUGGAUUGUUAAUUAUCUAAUUCCACUAUUUACAGAAAUCUCAAAGCUUGUCCUCAUUGUGGUCUUAUUUGGUUGAAGGUAUCAGAUUGUAAUGGUUUAAGUAAUUGUGGAGAGUUUCCAUAAACAGAAGCUAAUUAUGUAGAGAAAUUUUUUCAUUAAAUUUAUACAUUUACCAUAGAAAACGAAUAAAUAAGUUUUAAGAAAAGUGAGGAAUAAUUACAGGGGAAAUAUUAUUAAUAACCUUAGGAAAAAUUAUAUACAGAACCUCAGAAAAGAGUAGGUUGUGGUAAGUAUUUUGAUUGGGAUAUUUUGCCAACUUUAGAUAAAAAAAUUAUUAAUGAAUAAUUAUUUAGCUUCAAUUUAGGAUAAUAGUAAGAUGAAUUAGAAUAAAAAAUUUGGUCAAAUCCUCAAAAUAAUUAGUAAAUAUAGAAAUCAAAAUAAAAAUUCUAAAAUGAAAUUCUAAACUUAAUAAUAAAUGCAAGGGUUGAUUAUUUAUGA